CCCCGUUAUUCUAUUGCAGUGACCUGCGUGGGAACCCCUUACACUGCGACUGUCAGAUCAAGUGGCUGGUGCAAUGGGUACACGGGGCCGGCAAAAACAUCGCUAUUUGGCCCCCACUGCCAUGCGAGGAAGAUGGCAAAAUUAAGGGGCGGAGCUUGACGGAGCUGUCGGAGAAGGAAUUCGACUGCGUCACCGGGAACAUCAUCCAUAGAUGGACCUUCAACCUCCCUUCCUUGUCCGUGAAGGCCUUCGAGUACCUAUCAGAGCAGUACGUGGUGGUCACGCAUCCCUACGAGGGACGCUGCACCCUCCUGGAGUGGGAUCAUGUGGCCUAUCAGUUUAGACACUACGACAGCAUUAAAGGUAUCGCAGUGGUCUCCUGCUUGCCUUUGGUAAUUGGCAAGCAGUUAUUAAUCGUGGUGGGCCAGUUAUUUGGCGGCACUUACAUCUACCGCCGGGACCUCUCCCCUGGAAGCGCGUCUACAUUUCGCCCCUUCCAGCACUUUCCGGACAUCCGCAAGCCCAACGACAUCGAGAGCUUCAAGUCCACCGAAGGGGACCUCUACUUCAUCGUCGCGGACAGUGCCAAGUCUGGUGCCAGCACCCUCUAUCGGUGGAACGGUUUGGGGUUCUACCCGCAUCAGCAGCUGCCUCGCUGGUACCGUGACACGGAUGCAGAGCCCCUGAUGCUCUCCGGUUCCCCACAUCUGAUCAUGAGCAGCGGCUCCCAGAGGCCUCUAGUAUAUCGCUUUGAGAACAAACGUUUGGAGCGCCUCACAGAUAUUCCAGAAGCCUGGGACGUCUACGCCGUCAAACACUUCACCGACGCCGAGGAUGGCGUGUUUGCUUGCCUGGUGAGAUACAUGGGAGAAUCUUCCUUGGUCAGGUGGGAUGGGUCCAUGUUUAAACAGCUGCAGCAGUUGCCAUCUAGAGGUUCCCACGUCUUCCAACCUCUUCUCCUCGGCCGACGCUGGCACGCUCUCCUGGGCAAUGACUUUGGCUACGCCUGGGUCUACCAGCUCGAAAAAUGGAAACACUGGGAAGUCGAGGAGACCAAUGACAAGGAAGGCUCUUCGGGGCCUUUGGUGCCCUUGCAGGAACUCAAAGUGUUGGAAGCCAGAGCUUUGACCACGGUCCACGUGCACGGGAGGGAGUUUCUGUUCGUGGCAAGCUUCGGAGGGGACACGGUGGUGUACGAGUAUGUGGAGAAAGAGAAUUUAAUAUGAGCUUGUCCGGGCAAAUUUACUAAAACAAGGC